AUGCCAAAGCUCUCGAUUGAAGAUGAAGCUCUCCGUGUUGGUAUCAACUAUCAUAUGUGUCGCCUCAAAAACGAGCCCUUUGAUCCAGAUCCAGAAGCCAUUGCCGAUGGUAUGAUUGUCCAACCACGCGAGCUCUUUUUCGAUGUGAAUACAGUUAAAAAAGCUGCUGUGUCGAAGAAGUUGCUUUUGAUCGAUCAGCAACCAUUCUCUCGUGGUGGAGCUCUUUACACUCGUCCACUUGGAUCAAAGCGUUAUGCUCUCGCUGUUCUUGACAAAUAUGGGGACAAUGUCUGGCUCGGAAAGGUUGCGCGCCCAAUUGAGUGCGGCUCUAUUCAUGGCGAAUGGCCAGUUGCUUAUCAUGGAACGACGGAUCCGCGUGCUGCUGAAAUUGUUCGUAGUGGUGGACUUGAUUUGGGGAAAGGAAAUCGCUUUGUUUUUGGUUAUGGUAUCUACUGCACACCAGACCCAAAGACUGCACUUGCUUAUGCAUCUCCUUACGAACACAAUGGAAAAACCUACAAGUUGAUUGUUCAGGCUCGUGUCGAUCCAUCUCGUCGUGAAAUUGUGCCCAAGUCGAAACACGGUGUUGCCGAUCUUGAUGACUACUGGAUUGUCAAGGAGAAUGACGCCAUUCGUCCAUACGGAAUUUGUGUCUUUCCUUGC